CCGCGACGCAAAUGCUGAAGCUGCAUGUUUCGACUGGCCUUCUAGAAUGCAACACGACUUCUGCAGUCCAGAUCCCCCAGAUAUUGCUGCCAGACCGCACGGUGCGGUAUGCCGUUUGAAGGCUAGGCGUUGCAUCGCCGUUGGUGGUGGCCAACCAACUCUCCCAGCAUGUAUUUUGCCUAGAGGUCAUGAUUGGCCUCUUCAGGCAUAUGGUAUUGGCGACAUGCACCUUUCCGGCAGACUUUUCUCUGGGUUUCCCGCCAGUUCUGCUCUGUCUUCGCAAGCGUCGGUCGUCUCGAUGCAACAGACUGGCGGACACGGCCAUGCGAACAACGGGGGCAGAACUCCGGAGGCAGAGGCCGAGCUCGACAAGCUGCAUGGCACAAUGUACUUGUUUUCAACUUGUCGAGCCGUCACCGCUCUCUCUCACUGACGGAUUCCUGCUUGCCCUACCAACUAUGCCGGGUUGGUGCGCAAGCUUUUUUUUCGGAAGAUCCAGCUGCAGGACCAGGGACAGGGCAAUCCAUGUUAGAACCUCUUCACUUGUCAUUCCUGUCCAUCUUGGGGCUUGUCGCCGCAGCACACCCUGUGAGGACGCCAUAUUCCUACUGUGUACCGGUACCGAUGGCUGGCGAGGCUGGCCAGCCCACCCCUCAGCCGUCCGACCAUCACAUCAACACCCGGGCGUCUUCUGAAUCCCUGGAAUGCCUAGACCAGCCACAAGCCCCCAUCUGCGUUUGCAUCCGGCUCUUUUUAGCACACUCGCAGCCCCAGUACAUGGCUGGUACCUCGCC